ACUCACCACUCACACGGAACGGAAUUAUUCACGACCGAAAGACCUGGUAGCUGGUAGUACAACAAGACACCGACACACCACAGGGCCGGCCGCCAUGGACUCGUCGUCGUCGCGCUCGGCGGCCUCCGGGGCCGUGCCCACCGUGUCGUCCGGCGCUGCGUUCAUCUCCGCGGCCAUAUUCCUGCUGUUCCUCACGUUCGCCCUCGCGCUCAUCAUCCUCCGCCACUCUUACAUCAACACCGGCGCGGCGCCCACUCGGCCGCUGGCGUGGGGCGCCCAGAUGGUGGCCCCGCCUCCCAGGACCAGGGGUGUCGACCCGGAGCUGCUGCGGUCGCUGCCGGUCACGGUAUACCGCGCCGUGGACGGAGUCGGAUCGGUGGAGUGCGCGGUUUGCCUGGCCGAGCUCGAGGACGGGGAGGAGGCGAGGUUCCUGCCCCGGUGCGGCCAUGGAUUCCACGCCGGGUGCGUCGACAGGUGGCUGGCGUCCCACACCACCUGCCCGCUCUGCCGGGUCACCGUCGGUAAGCCGGACGCGCUUACGUCGACGAGUCUCCCUUCCGUACCGCGGGAGCCGGCGAACUACACAGCGAACCUGCCGGCGAGUGUACUGCUCGGGGUUACAGACCAGGCCACGCUCGACGCGGUCACCAUGGCCACUGACGGAACGGUGGUGAUCGACGUUCCGGAGUCAAGGACCGUGGCACUGGCAGCGACCCCGCGCGACGCGUCCAAGUCUCCGGGCGUGAACAGGCUGAGGUCGGUGAAGAGGCUGUGGAGCUUCGGGCGGCAAGGACCGUCGGGGUCCUCUACGCCCUGCGCCGGCGGCAGUGGAACGGCAGACCUAGAGCAGGGCAUUAGAGCAUCUCCAGCCGUUGGCCCCCCAAGGGGCGCCUAAAAUCGCCGCUUGGGGUGAGCCGGCGCAAAAAAUGGCCCCGGGACGAGUUGUUCCCAGCCGCCCGGCCCAGGACCAUCUCGGACGCGUUUAAAAAAGGCAAAAAUAUAGCAAAGUUCGGCAUA